UUUCCUUUAAUAGAAUGGAUCAGGUGGAGCAGUUACCGGCCGGAGGAGAAAGCUCCGGUGCUGCUUCUGCGUCGGCGGCGUGGGAGAAUUCUGAAGAGUCUCCGCCGUUGCCGUUUCCGGAGAGGUCGCCGGAGUCUCCGCACAGCUCUUCUGAACGGGAGCGUUUCGCGGGGAUGGAUAAUGAAGGUUACGUGGUGAAUAACGAGGGCUCGUCGGUGAUCGGAAACGAUGCUAAGUCCUGCCUCGUAUCUUCAACCGCGUUCUCGAUUUUCGUAGCUAUGGUUGUGGCAUUUUCGAUCUUUGCACCUGAGGCUCUGCGGCUCGGACCUAGUGCCUCAGUUUUGAUAAAUCCCAGCCAUUUACUCGUAGAAUCUGUAAAGGUGGUAGCACUCAAUGCCGCCAAAGGCUCAAUGCUGUAUGGAUUUCAUAAAAGUCCACCUCUCGAUGUUACUAUGACAUGGUCCGAGACUCAUAAGAUCACUCUCCCUGCCGGUACUCACAAGGAAUGGCUUUACUAUUUGAACAAAGGAUCUGAAAUAAACAUAUCUUACAGUGUGGGAUCCCUAAGUUCAUUAUCUCUUGUUCUUGUAAUUGUGAAAGGGAGUGCAGGUCUUGCUGAGUGGCUUAAGGAUCCAUCACAGCCAAGUAUACACUUCUCAAUGUCAUGGAAUCUAAUUCAUGGAAAUGGCUCAAUACAGAAGGAUGUGUCUGAAUCUUCUACCUACUACAUUGCAGUUGGUAACUUGAAUGCUGAAUUUGCUGGGGUGAAUUUGAAUACCACGAUAAAGGCCUUCCUUCACAAUACAACAGAAUCAUAUUACAAAUGUGCCCCUGCAGAAGGCAAUUGUACUUUCCAACUGUUUCUUAAGGGUGGAAAUGCAGCUGUUCUUACUUCUCCUGCCCGCUCGCCUGGUAUGGUCAGCGGUGAUUGGUAUUUUGAACUUUGGUAUGGACGUCGAUGGGUUACAUAUUUGAUUGGCACAGGUGGAAUAACUUCUCUUCUGCUACUCAUGAAUUACUUUUCAAAUCAUCUUCGACGAAGAGAUCCGCUUGGAGAAAUUGAACCCGAGAGAAACACUUUGCUUUCACACGAAGAUGGGGAUUCCUCUGCCUCUAUCUCAGAUGAUGACGAACAUAGGCAUCGUCAUUGUGCAAUUUGCUUUACUGCUCCCAAGGACUGUUUUUUCCUUCCAUGCGGACACAGUGUGGCUUGCUUUCAAUGUGCGACAAGGAUACGGAAGAGUUCCGCAGUUUGCCCUAUUUGCCGUCAAAGGACGAGAAAGGUGAAAAGGAUAUACACAGUUUGAGCAGCACAGAAGCCCAAUGCUUAGGUAAACAUUUCAGCCAGGUAUUCAAUUUACUUGAAAAUACGUGUUGCUCUAUUACCUGGAUAAUGUAGAAUUCGAACUUCUACGAAAAAGAAAAUGUGAAUAAAAAUUGACAUAUUCAUUCUGAAA